GAAGACGACAAAGAAAGAAAUCGUUGAUCGAAAACGCGAACUCGGAAGAAAACAACCACCACAAAACCAUGGCGGACUCUCGUAUCAGAGGAUUAGUCGAUGCAAUUCACGCGACUCCAACUCAGUGCGUCCUCUAUCUCGCCGGCGGCGCCUCACAGGCAGUUGGGUGGCUACUAUCGGUGCCUGGAGCUUCCAACACAGUACUCGAGACCGUGGUCCCAUACUCCCGGAUGUCCCUGAUUCAGUUACUUGGGAAGAUUCCAACCCAGUUUUGUAGCCAGAAUACUGCUGAAGAAAUGGCCUCGUUGGCCUAUAAUCGCGCUCUCAAGCUCUCCACACCAGGUUCCCCAGUUCUUGGUGUGGGUUUUACUGGCUCUUUAGCUAGCAAGCGCCCAAAACUCGGGGAUCACAGGUUUUACUUGUCAACAAGAACAUCAGACCGGCUUUGGGUAUCAACAGUUACUCUUACUAAGGGUUUGCGAACUAGAGAACAAGAAGAUCAUCUGUCAAGUCAACUCUUUCUGAAGGCAAUUGCAAAUGCAUGCAAAGUACCAGGAACAUUUGUCCCAGAUUUAGUAGAGUCUGAUGUAUCUGAGAAAUAUGAAAGAGAUUUCAAUGAAGAUCAAGAACUAGAGCAACUUAUAAAUGGGCAAAUAAGCUUCAAGGUUUAUCCAUUUUCAAAAGAUAUGCAUAACUCAAAUGGAGAGAGAAGGAUAAUAUUGCCUGGUUCUUUUAAUCCACUGCAUGAAGGUCACCUCAAGCUUUUGGAAGUUGCUACCAGCAUAUGUGGAGAUGGAUAUCCAUGCUUUGAAAUAUCAGCAGUCAAUGCUGACAAACCUCCACUUUCAGUAUCACAAGUCAAAGAUCGUGUUAAGCAGUUUGAAAAAGCUGGCAAGACGGUAAUCUUAUCCAAUCAACCUUAUUUUUAUAAGAAAGCUGAAAUAUUUCCAGGCAGUGCUUUCGUAAUUGGUGCCGACACAGCAGCCAGGCUUAUCCAUCCUAAAUACUAUGAUGGGGACCACAAUAAGAUGAUGAAGAUUCUACUUGGAUGCAAAGCAACCGGCUGCACUUUUCUUGUGGGUGGCCGUAAUGUAGAUGGUGUUUUCAAGGUGCUUGAUGAUUUUGAUAUUCCAGAGGAGUUGAGAGACAUGUUCAUCCCAAUACCCGAAAAGAAAUUUCGCUUAGAUAUAUCAUCCACAGAACUUAGGAAAAAGCUUGGACAGUGAUUGUCAUAGAUUCUGGUUCACAAACAUUAGAUGCUGAAAAUGAGGACAAUAAUUGACAAAGGAAGGAAUAAAAUGGAAGGACAAUGCAUGUGUUAUUUGAAUUGAAGGUGGUUCUUUGUUAUUUGUGUGUGGAUUUAGAGAAAGAGACUUACAUUUGUGUUGGAAUAAAAGACAUGAGAGUUACAGAGUGCAUUUUUGCUUGUACAGUGAACAUGGGCAGAAUUGUCCUUGUCAGGAAUCUGUAUAAAAAUGAAGAUGGAUGAAUCUUUUGCUGGUUUUUUUAUUUUUUUGAGUAAUAAUACGUGCACUCAAACAUUAUAUACA